AUGACUGCCCCAACAAAGAAUAUUUUCACCCACCAAAACAGUGAUCUCUCCAAUUGUUGUGUCAAUCCGCUGCUUUUGGACCUUUCAAGCCACUUUUAUCAGAGAGAAAAUAAAAACCCGUCACCUCGUGGUAGUUCUUCCGAGGAUCCAGAAUACAGGGCCAUUCAGGAUCACACGGAGAAUGACGACAUUGGAGGACUAGUUAACUCUAGUUCAUCUCUCCAAAACCAUGAGCUGUUCCCAAACUUUGUAACUGAGGCUUCCGCCGGGCCCAGUUUCCCCGCACAAUUUUGUUUUACCGAUGAAUUAUCUACACCAUGUAGCAGUCUCUUUAGUUCUGAGGUUAUCUCUGGACAUGAGGGGGCUUCUACAGAAAUCUUAAGAAGGUCUAACUCGAAUUAUGACCACGUCGAUGAGUACUGGUACGCAUUUGAGCGUUCAUCGCCGAUUCCUAACCUCCAGGAUCCACCGGGUCCUGCGCUAUCCGACAGUGAAAGUUCCUCAAGCUCUAGUGAUGGCUCUACUCCAAAAUCAGAUUCUGGUUUAAACACCGAAUCCACAACUCCUGCAAGCUCCCCAGUGGCAUCAAGAACCGACCUCUCUCCUAGACAUGAGACACUUGAUACCCCUGCAAACUCUCCCGUGGAAUCAGGAGCCGAUCUCCCUCCUAGAGAUGAGACGCUCGCUACCCCAGAUGAUAGCCCUUAUAUCCCCUCGAACUUAACUCAAUAUGCCUUGGAACAAUACAAGGCUGCCAAAAACCCGACUACCAAUACCCCGGAAUAUAAAUUCAGAGAGACCGCCCGACGAAAUCCACCGCCCGAAGGCCGAGAGAUCCGCCACACGAAUGUCCCAAAUGUGAAAUACCAUACCACCAUGCCCGGGAUUUCAUGGCACACUUCUAUUCCUGUGUAG